UAAUAUUUCUCAUAUUAGCAUUCAUUGUAAUCGAUUAAACAACCAUGGCAGCCAUGAAAGUUCAUGGAAACCCUUUAUCAACAUCCACUCAGAGGGUUCUAGCUUGCCUUUACGAGAAAGAUGUGGAGUUUCAGUUUGUUAAUGUAGACAUGGCAGCUGGUGAACACAAAUCACAAAACUUCCUUUCCCUCAACCCAUUUGGUCAAGUUCCAGCCUUUGAAGGAGACUUAAUGCUCUUUGAAUCAAGGGCCAUCACUCAAUACAUAGCCCAUGAAUACUCCGAUAAAGGGACACAACUGUUGUUGUCCGGCUCCAACAAGACUAUGGCACGUCUUCAAUUGUGGAAGGAAGUUGAGGCUCCCCAAUUUGAUCCUCCAUCGACGAAGCUAGUCUAUGAACUGCGUUAUAAGCCCUUCUUUGGGAUGACUACCGACACAGCGGUUGCCAAGGAACAUGGAGCUAAGCUUGCCAAGGUUUUAGAUGUGUACGAGGCUCGAUUGGCUCAGUCCAAGUACUUGGCUUGCGACCACUUCACCUUGGCGGAUUUGCAUCACCUGCCAAAUGUUCAGUAUUUGAUGGGGAGCUCGGCCAAGAAGCUGUUUGAGUCUCGCCCGCAUGUUACUGCCUGGGUGGCUGAUAUUAUGGCAAGGCCGUCUUGGAUUAAGGUUCCAGAUAUGCUCAAAGAGAGUUUGAAGACUUGGGAUACAAUCUAAU